ACCACAACUGGUAGACCAAUAUAUAACAAUACAACAGCGCCUCCACCAACAUUCCAAACAGCUAUAGCAGCACAAACACAAGCAACAAAGAACAACUCCUGGUGGAACUUAUUGAAGCCAUAUUUUAAGGAAUAUUGUAAUAUUUCUUCAAUACAUUGUUUUCAUUAUUUCACCGACAAUAAAUUAAAAUACUAUGAAAAAGCCAUCUGGUUUCUCAUAAUGAUUGCCACUAGUGUAUGCUGUACAAUUGUCUAUUUCGAUUUGGCAGAGUUGUACUACACCCAACGUAUUCAGACUACAGUGGCCGAUUCAGUACAUCCCAUUUUUGUGGUGCCCUUUCCUUCGGUAGGCAUCUGUUUGAGAAAUCGCAUUGAUUGGACGCGCUUACAUAACCAAGCCGCAAAACGUUUUCUACCGCCAAAUGUCGACAAUGAGACAUUACAUACGUUUUACAGAUUUUUCGAAAGUUUAAACGAUGUCAAGUUUUAUUAUUUUUCGCGUUUUUCAAGCUUAUUUGAGCCAUCUGCAAAAGUUAAUCUAUCGCUUAUUGAUGGCAUAAAUGUUUUAGAGGUUUUGAAAUACUUGACGUUUCCUUGCUCCCAAGUAUUUGGCACUAUUUGUUUGUGGCGUCUCAAAUCCUACAAUUGUUGUGAGUUAUUUACUUUGGAACGCACUGAGUUGGGUUUCUGUUAUGUCUUCAAUUCGGCCGUUAGUUCAAAGUCUAAGGAGAAGGCGAAAAUCAAUCCAUUUUAUCCCUAUCACAAUUCCUAUUCAGGAGAAGGAACUGGUUUAGAUGUGGAAGUUAUACUGAAUGGAAAUAAAAACAAACCCAGAUCUCGUACGGUUAAUGGAAUUUAUGUUAUGAUUAAACAUCCUGAACAAUGGCAUGCAGAUGUGAAAUUCAUAAACUACAAUACUUUCACCAAAUUGUCCUUAACGUCUCAGUUAACGGAAACCGAUGACCGUAUUAGACAUAUAACUCCUGUUGACAGAGGAUGUUUAUUUGAUGAUGAGGAUACCCAUUUUUUAUAUAGAAAAAUACCUGGUCUAGUGUAUUGGCGUGGCAAUUGUCGCACCAGAUGUCACCAGGAAUAUGUGCUUAAAUACUGUAAAUGUAAUUUGAAUAUACUUUUUCCUGAAGACAAAUCGGAUAACUUCACCAGUUGUAAGCCAUCGGAUUUUAAAUGUAUCUAUGAACAUGCAAAUAUAUUUAGUAGAGAGACUCAUCUAUUUGAAAGCAAAUACAUUGAUGAUGUGGAUAAUGAAAGCAUGACAUGUAGCUGUUUGAAUAGUUGUAAGCAAUUGUUGUAUCAUGCUUUUUACAGCAGUUUUCCUCUAGAGGGAGUUGAUGCAUCAGAUCCCAUUAAAAUGGUUCAUUUGGAUAUACAUUUUCAAGCGGCAUACCUUUUAAAGUAUCGCACUGCCAUGCGUUAUACAUUUGUUGAAUUGUUAGCUAAUUUUGGUGGCAUAAUUGGUUUGUUUUUAGGCGCUUCACUUUUGAGUGCUAUAGAGCUAGUUUACUAUUUUACUUUGGGUUUGUAUAUUCGUCUCCACAAAAAAUUCGCGCUAAAAUAUAGAAAAAAAUCUUCGAAUUCUCUUAAACGUCCUGUAAAGCCUAAAAUGAUCAAAAUUUCAUCCAUAGAACCAAGCGGUUUAUAUAAAUAUUAA